AUGCAUGCCGACGACAUUGAUGACGGAUUCAAGACUGAUAGUGAAGACGAUGCUGCAUCACAGCUAUCCCUGAAGCUCGACACCGAUUACUGGGAUGAGUCCAUUCCAUUUGAUCCCAACGCAUUCGGAUCCCCGACCUUGGCUCAGUUCGAUCCAAUGGCUGUCGCCCCAGUACCAAGGUACCCGACGUACACCUCCAACACCACAGACAGCUUCCGUGAACCCCCAGCUAUACAAGUCCCUGUUCCCAUGAAGCAGCGACUCUCGGUGCAACUCGACACCGCCGCGGAUGCAACUACCGUCCUCAGUGAUCCCGACGCAUAUCCCUCCGGUGAUGAGCAGCACUUCCCAACUGAUGAUGAACGUUCCUUGGAGCCCACGAUACCUUCAAACCUGAAGUCUCCACCUCCUGUACAACCGUCUGCCGACAAUGACGACGAACCCGACAUCGAGGAAUUUCUCAGCGAUCAUGAAUACGACGACGAAUACACCGAAAGCGAUGUCCCCGCUCUGACACCCCGCGCGUCUCGCCUCUACUCUGCCACGGACAAUGAUGAUGAUGCCUUUGAUACUGCGAUUCACAGCAACCGUACCAUCCUCCAAGAAGCGCUGGCUGAACAGGCAGCAUUGAACCUCCGCGCGAAAUCUGUCAACACUACUGAUUCCGCUCAUGACAUUUCUCCAGACAAGCCUGCUGCGAAAUCUCCGACAGAAGUCCAGACAUUGACGGUUGCCUCGGUCAACUCCUUUGAGACCCAGGCCGACACAUCUCCUGUCGAGCUAUCCAGCUCUCCUCCCGCGACUCCCAAGAUUGCGAAUACGCAACCGGAUGCCGCCGACGACGACUUCAAUCUCGCCUACAUGAUCCCCGACACUAGUGCAAUGCCUUCCCUUGUUACUCGUGCCAUGCCAGGAUCAUCCAUGACACAACGCAAGACUCGCCAGCGUCCUAACCUCCAUGUUGACCCCAACAUCGUUGCGGAUGCCAAAGGCGAGAUUCCCCAACCAUCAUGGAACCAAGUCACCUCCAAGAAGAAAGGGAACAAGAAGACACGGAAGAAGAAGAAGAAAGCUACCUGCCCUUCUACCAGUAACAUCUGUACCGAACUGUUCUCUCCCAGCAAUAAGGAAUCUGACUCUUCCUCCUCUUCUCCCUCCUCUUCCGAGAAUUCCAACUCCAAACCCUCUCCUUCACAGGGUUUUGCCUGGGACGGACCCGUACUCCUCGUACGGCUCUGCAGGCCAUCUCACAAAGGGUAA